AUGUCGAGUGCAAAAAGGCAGAAACGGUUUCGCAGGAGUGAAGAGAUUGAAGUAAAAGAAGAUGAAGAGAUCAUGGAUGCUGUGUUAAUUCCUAAUCCAGAUGAUUCAGGAGAAUCGGAUAUUGAAUCGGAUUUUGAAGAAUGUUUAAAUGAUGAGAGUUCGGAAUUAGAGGAAACAGCAAGGAGCUCAUUCCAUCAGACCAUGAAAAAUUAUUCGGAUAACCAGUCGAAAUUGGAACCGAACCAUAAUUUUCAAUGGUCAAGUGAAUUAAAAUCUUACAUAAUAGAAGCUACACGCCAAAAUGGUUACAAUCUUUCAAAAGAUGAUUUUGAUGCUUUUGUGGGGAUAAUUAUAUUGUCUAGUUUAAACCAAAGAAAAUCACAACGGGACUAUUGGUGUACUGAUGAACUCCUGGCUUGUAAACCAAUAGUUUCUGCAAUGUCUCGAACUAAAUUUGAAGACGUCAAAUCUAAAAUAAAAAUGUCGAAGUCGGAGGAUGAGAAUUCGGAAGACAAAGCUUGGAGAGUGCGGGUCCCUUUAGAAAUUUUUAGGAAAAAUCUGAAACAGUUUGGAUUCUUCCUUACUUGUUUGUCAGUGGAUGAGAUGAUGUUGAAAUUUUAUGGACGCACUGUAAUGAAACAAUUUAUAAAGGGUAAACCCAUUCGAUUUGGCAUCAAAAUGUGGGCGAUUUGCAGUGUUGAGGGAUUUUUGUUUGACUGUGACAUUUACUGCGGUAAAGGAUCAAAUUUUUACUCGUUUGAUUUAGCUGACAAACUCAGUAAAUGUCCUUUAGGAAGUCGUGUUGUCAUGCAAAUGACACAAAGCCUUCUAACUUCCGUUGUUCCCAAAAAAUUAUCUCAGUAUCACUUAUACUUUGAUAAUUAUUUUUCAAGUCCAGAUUUAAUGGUACAUUUGAAAAACAAUGGUCUAAGGGCAACAGGAACAGUAAGGCAAAAUAGACUCAAAGUCAAAAAUAACGUUCCAGCAAAUUCCAAAAGAGGCACUUUCGAGGUUCAACAUGACAAAACUAGUGCUGAUUAUUAUUUGAAAAAGUCUGGUACUGCAAGUUUAAAAACCCAUAAAUUGCAAACCGUUGCCUCGAAAAAAAAUUGCCACUAUAAUGCAAAGUGCAACAAAAGGACACAAAAAAUGUGCAUUCAAUGUGGCACAUAUCAGUGCAUCACUUGCUUUCAAUCGAACCACAUGUAG